UUCAGUUUUGUUUGUUUUCUGAUGGUUUCUGGAGACAGAACAGAAACAGAACAGAUGCCUUGGGAUGGAUGAGUAAUAGCCCAAUAGAAUAAAUCCUAUGAACUUUGUAAUUUAUGAUGUGUGUAUGGGCGAAAACAAUCGAUUUAAAGUGAUCCAGGUUUUGGUUGGGAAACUGAUUGAGAAGUUUCACAGUCUGCGAGUUGAAAGUUAACUUCAAGUUCAACAUUGUUUGGAAGCUGCAUCAGCAAACACAAUAGAGAUCUAUUCGAGUAUAACAUGACUACUGAUAAUGACGAGUGUGCCACUUUGUCAGGAUAGCAUCAACGCUAAUUAGCUCUGUCGUUUGUUUUAGAAGCCUAACGUUACUGGAUUUGGCAGAUAGCUUGCUAACAGCCGAUUCUAGUUUUAUUAUACAAGACUUGUGUAUUUUAGUAUUACUUAUAGCUUAUAGGCUAAAACCUAAGGGCAUAGUUUUGUGUUACUCGGAUACACUGAAAAAACACUCAGUGAAGGCAUGGAAGGUGGACCAGUAGGUGGCGACGUUCUCCUGCGGAAACUGAAACCCAAACUGAUCGAUAUCCUGACAGCAGAUACUGAUCUACUUCUGCAACACACCGACUCUCAGGGAUUGCUCACACGUCGAGAGUAUACACACGUCAAGUCGAUCACCAAUCCGUCAGAUAAGGUGCGCGACCUUUUGGAUUAUGUUAUCCAAAAAGGGAGUUCCAAAUCAUGGGGCCUUAUACAUCUCCUACAAGAAAAAGAAAUGGAGGAAACUUUCCCAAGACUCAUUUUCCUGAAGGAGCUAACCCUAAAUGAAAAGAUCAUUGAAAUGUGUCCGACACAGAACUGUGGAGUCAAAAGUAAACAGACAAUGGAUGUGGAAGAAUCACCUUCGAAGCAGUUAUGCACAAAUGCGGUUGUGACUGAAAAGCAAUUGAUGCUGGUUGCAAGCAAUAUGGGUCGGUCUUGGAAGCAGUUUGGCAGAGUGGCCUUGGGUAUCUCAACAAUAAAGUUGGAGCAGAUUGUUGAGGACAACCCUUGCUACCUAGUGGAGCAGAUAUUUGCCAUGCUGCGAUUCUGGAGCAUGCGUGAACGGUCAGAGGCCACUGCCAAACGCCUUCAUGGCCUGCUUUCUCAAGGGUGUCAGAAUAGCCUCCCAGAGCUGCUGCUUGGAUGUGAACUGCCUCCGACCCUCAUAGAUCUUUUGCUUGAUGAUGCUCCAAAGGUUCUCAAAAGAGUUGAGGUCAAGGGAAGAUGGGGGCCACACCAUGAGUUUCUCUCCUUUUAUGCCCAUAGCAGCCAAUGACCCAGAGGUAUUCUUUACAGCAUGAGAUAAGUAUAAGUAU